ACAGGUUACAAUGUAGAGAGACCCCAAAAGGUCUAUGGACGCACAUAAUGUGGUAUGUAACCACCAGAGCCGUCUUUCUCUAUCACUAUGGUAACCACUAAAAGAAAGCACAAGUUUUCAAUUUGAUGUGGUUUCUGCAGUUUCUGUGCUAAUUAAAAUUAUGUGGAGAUGCAUUGGUAAAUAUAGCGCCGUGGAGACCUGGCAUUGUAUGGUCCAUGUUGUAGAAUAAAGCAUCAGUGUUGAAGCUCCGUUCAGUUGUCUGUGGACUCUUUGAGCUCAUCGACUAUCUCUGAGCUCCGGCUAACUGCUAACGUUAGCUAUCGCUAGCUCUCUCCACCUACACCACCAUGACUCCACUUCAGUCCAGUUGGUGGCGUAUGCACCUCCAGUUGGUUUGCCAAGAAGAAGACGAAGAAGAAGACAACAACAAAAAAAACAACAUGGAUGCUAGUUUUGAAGAGCAAUUGUGCGAAGAGGUCCGUCGUUACCCACAUUUAUAUGAUAGGUCUGUUAAGGAGUGCAACGACAGCCAAAUGACGUUAAACUCCUGGCAACAAAUCGCUCAAACUCUUGGGAAAAGUGAAACAGCCUGCCGUCAAAAGUGGAAAAGUGUGCGAGACAGAUAUGUAAGGGCCAAGAAAAAGCUGGAAGGCGGGAGCAGCAAAACCGGCCGGAUUGCCUACAUUAUCUCCAUGUUAGACUGGCUCUCUGGCUUCAUCAAGCAUCGUUCCACGGAGGAGACGCGGUCGCGGACCCUUAACUGUAGUAUGGCUGUCACCGCGUGCACGAAACCCGCACAAGUACGCAGCUGUCCGUGGAACGCGGAAAAUCCUCAUCUCCCUCUGUCAUCCGUGCGCCUCCUGGUUCCUCCUCUGAGGUUGAUGUCAGCCUGUAUGUGGCAGGUGGCCCAGGAGCGGAAUGUAGACCAGUAUGACAAACUGGCCGAAUUCAUCACGUUGGUGACAGAGAUGGUCCCAGAGCUUCUGAACUACAAACAGAAGACUCAGCUGAUCCUGGGACUGAGAGCUCGGCUCAUCCUUGAGUUAUUAAAGACAAUGGAUGAGGUUGACUGUAAAGCUAUCCAGGAUCAUCUUAACAGUUUCCAACAGACGACAACAAACCUCAUGCAGGAAGAGGACCCAGAUGGAGAGGUGGAGACUUCAAAGUCAGCAUUUGUGGACCUGGUUCAAACAUUGCUUGAAGACCAAUCUGAAAAAGAGAAAUUUUUCAAGGAGGUCUUCCCAGUACAGUAUGGAGCUUGUUUUGAUACAGCGCUGCAGAUUCUGGGGUGGGAGUUCUUCCACCGACUGGAAGAGUUCCUCCCAGUUCCACGUUUUUCACAGGUGUGCUCCAUGUUUGACAUUUCUUCCCUUGACGAGGAGUUUGGGCAGUUUCUCUCUGACCCUGAGGAUCUGAAGAGGAUUUUGCUGCACCAACAGGAGCGACAAAAGUUGACUAAAAGUGAAUUCACCUUCAUGUCAGACACCAUCCUCUCCACGCUCGCCUCUAAACAGACUUCAGCGACAUCUGAAGAUCAGGAUCAAAUAAUGGAUCAGGGAGAGGGCAAACAAGGCACUGGGAAAUCACAGGGAAGAAAUCAAGAGAAGUCAGUAGAGACGACAGUGAAGCAAGAAAACAGCUGGAGAGCAGAAGAUAUUUGUGAGGAUGAUGAAGAGACUGACAACAGUUCCACUGAACCAAACUGUGGGCUGCCUGAGUACGGGCUGUCACCCCUCACUUCCUCUCCACGUUCAGAAGAAGCUGCUGAGCCAGGUGAUGGUGAGACAGCUGUUGAAGCCACCACCCAGACACCCAGAUGUUCAGUGGAUAAAGUGAAGGAACGUCUGGAUCUGAGGAGAAACAAGAAACCAUCGGAAGAGAGCAGGAUACAGUCCUUGACAGGAGGCAGAGCCGAUGUCUCUCUUGCGUUCAGCGAGGACUCCGUAAGAGCCAAUGAAAACACACUGGAGUGUGGCAAGACUCUUUCAUCUCCUCCCACCUUGAAACAACAUCCCCUUGUUCACACUUCUGCACGACAUAAGUGCACUCAGUGUAACAAGACAUACAAAUGGCGACAUCAUCUGAAAGACCAUUUAUUCACUCACUCUAGAUGGACAGUCCGGUCCUUUGCUUGCAGCCUUUGUGAGAAGAGAUUUAGUUCUCAAUCUUUACUUAACGUUCAUCUGCGUCAUCACAGCGGAGAGAGGCCAUUUGCCUGCUCGUACUGCGACAAGCGGUUCUUGACAAAGCCAGUUUUGAAGUCCCAUGUGCGCAUUCACACCGGUGAGCGGCCGUAUGCCUGUACUUUUUGUGAAAAGAGAUUCACACAGUCGUAUCCGCUGGCUGUUCACCUCAGGAUGCAUAAGAAAGAGAAGCCGUAUCUGUGCAGCACAUGUGGUAUGUCCUUUUGUAGCUCUGGGGCCUUGCUGGUCCACACACGCAUGCACACAGGGGAGCGGCCUAGUCAGUGUGACAUCUGUGGAAAAGGUUUUUCCACAGCUAUCCAUUUGACACAACAUCGGCGAACUCACACAGGAGAGAGGCCGUAUUCUUGCUCACAAUGUGACAAAUCGUUCCACUGUCAAUCAGGACUGAAGAGACACAUGAGGACACACACGGGAUAUAAACCUUACCAGUGUUUAACAUGUCACAAGACUUUUUCUCAAAAAUCCAACAUGAGGAUACACCUCAAGGUCCAUAAGAUCAUCUAGCAUGUUGUUGUGAUUUUUAGUGUUUAUUUGUAGUCAUAAAGAAAAGCCUGGUUUAUUUUACGCCAGGAUAUGCUGUUUUGAUGCAUUUUCAUGUCCGUAAAUCACCAACAUGUACAGUGGGGGAAAUAAGUAUUUGACCCCUUGCUGAUUUU